UCUCUCUGAUACCAAAUGAACCCCUCGGGAGCUUCUUCAAUUCCCUUCAAGUCCAAGACCCCUUCUUCACUCAAAGCCCCCAACACUAACCAACUGAGCUCCAAAACCCCAGAGAAACCCACUCAGCUCCCCCGCCGCUCCUCUCGGAACCGUGGUGUUGCGCUUUCGAUAAAUGAAGUUCGGAGGGUCGCCGAGAGCCUCCACGACACGGAUCGACCCGACCUAUCUGGCCUCCGGCCAAAGUCCGCCAGGAGGCAGAUCGAAUCCUGGCCAGCCGAAAGCCCAACCCGUAAGCCGAAGAAACCUGCCGGAGGGCCCUUCAAGCUACCGGAAAAAUUUGAGAAUCUGGCCGAGUUUUUCGAUAGCUUGGAUAGUUCGAUUCGAUUGUUGCGGUUGAAGGGUUCAGCGACAAACUUUACGAAUAUUUGCCCGAAAAUUGAGUGUUUAACUGAUAGGAGGUUUUCAUAUAGUCACUUGGCUCAGUUGAAGUUUAUAUUACGCGAUGCAUUUGAAAUAAAGAGGGUACUUGUGUUUGAUGAGCGGACGAGUUGUAUGAAGCCAGAUCUUCAUGUUUCUAUCAAUAUCAAUGCAAUAGAAGAUAAUGCGAAGUUGAAAUCUGAAAGCCAGAAUAUGUAUUUGAGGAAGGUCUUCCGAGCACGGCUGGCAGAUUUUUCAAAAUCCCAUCCUGAGGUUGAUGAAAUUCCAGAGGAGAUGUUGCCAGAACCAUUCAAUCGUACAAAGACAGAAAUUCACUCAAACAUGAGAGAAGUACCCACCUCAUCAUUUCCUGUUAGGACAUCAAUUGAUGCACUAACAGCUCGGCAAUCUGCAGUAUCAAAAACCUGUAUUCGUGGUGAUGAAAUUUCAGGAGUAGAGCAAGAUGUGAAUUCAAACAUUAAAGAAACUCCCAACUUGGCAUCGUCUGUGGAUACAUCAGUUGAAGAACUUGGAAAACAACAAACAGCAGUGGCAUCACAUCUCCCUCAAUCUUUCCGUAAGAGCUUUUCUCGGAAAGUCACAUGCAAUGAAGCAGAGAACACAUCUCCAAACUUAUUGAAGGCUUCCUUCCAACCUUCAGUUCUACCAGUUCCAGAGUUGCUCCCUUACAGAAGUUCCACCAAAGAGGAAACUGCUGGUGCUGGUCCAUCCCCGGCAAAAUUGUCAAUUGACCGAGCCAGCAAUGGAAAAAAUUUAGCAUUUUGUGCUGCUUCUGCUCAUUUCACACCAUCCCCUGCAACCCCAAGCAAAGUGUUAGAUGCCAUGAAUAAUGGAAAUGGUUCUCCUACAGAAAUUUCGAACAUAGACUCAACUCCUGCAAAACUUGCUUAUACUCCGGUCCGGUUGAUGAAUGUGACACCCACAUUGCAACCACCAAAGAGAUGUUAUAUGAGCCCAGAGGAUGACUGUACCGGCUCACCACAAAAGUUAGUUCGGCGUCUGCCCCGUUCCAGGUCAUUGAAAUUUGACACUCCUGAAAAAAAUGAGAACUCUGAAGAUAAAAUAGAUGAUGUGGGAGGUGUUUCUGUUGAUUCUGAUAUCUUUGAUAUUCUUCCUGAGAAUCUUCUGCAAUCAAUAAGAGAGAAAGAGAGGAUCACAAUGGAGGAACAAAAUCCAGCCAUCUCCUAUGCAAAGAGGAGGCGAAAAAUGAUUGCUAGCCUCCCUAAGCUUUUUAACAUGAUUCACUUCUUAUUUCAGUCCACUAAGCAGUCUGUUAUCACAAAAGAGGAGCUUAUACACAAGAUAAUCACAAGCCAUUGUGAUAUUGUCGACAGAAGAGAAGUUGAAGAGAAGCUGAGCCUCUUGCUAGAACUAGUUCCUGAAUGGAUUUCAGAAAAACUGGCAUCUGGAGGGGAUUUGCUUUUCUGCAUAAACAAGGGAUCAAGUCCUGAAUUAAUACGAGCACGGCUUGAAGAAUCAAAGUGACCAAGAAGACGCCAUUCUUUCUAGGAAACUUCUGUAACAAGCAUGUUGAGUGAUGUCUUGAGUUGUUACGAGGGGCUAUUUGUAAAUGCGUUGAGUCUAAUUCUUCCAUGUUAUCCGAUGCUCUAAAGGGAAUUGAUUUUUGGAAGACUCGGGGUCAAGAUGAAGGCUUUUGUACUCAUCCAAAAAAAAAAAAAAAAGAUGAAGGCUUUUGUCAAAUAUAUUAAUUAGAUGGCAAAAUUAUUAAAAG